AUGGAGAAGAAAAAGGGAUCAAUUCUUCUCUUCCCUUUCAUGGCACAAGGCCACAUUAUACCAUUCUUAACAUUAGCCUUUAAGUUAGAAAAAAAAGGUUAUAACAUAAUUUUUGUGAAUACACCUCUGAAUAUCAAGAAACUCAAAUUAUCUCUACCACAAAAUUCAUCUAUUUCCCUUGUUGAAAUUCCAUUCAAUAGUUCAGAACAUGGUCUGCCUCCAAACACUGAAAACACUGAUUCACUUUCUUAUAAACUCUCUGUACAUUUUACAACAAUUUCUUCUUCACUUGAACCUUCAUAUAGAAAUCUUCUUUCUAGUCUUAUUGAAAAGCCACUUUGUGUUAUAUCAGACAUGUUUUUUGGAUGGUCAGCAAAUAUAGCUCAUGAAUUUGGAAUUUUUCAUGUCAUUUUUAGUGGGGCUGGUGGUUUUGGCUUGGCAUGUUAUUACUCUAUGUGGCUAAAUUUGCCUCAUAAAAAGACAGAAAACUUUGUUUUUACUAUGCCUGAUUUUCAAGAAGCUGGUAAUCUUGAUGUUAGUCAAUUGAAUCCAAGUCUGUUAGAAGCUGAUUCUAAUGAUCCUUACACAAAUUUCAACUGGAAAAAUCUUCCUAACUGGAUUAACUCUGAUGGGAUUCUUUUCAAUACAAUUGAAGGUCUAGACAAGCUUGGAUUAACAUAUUUUCGUCGAAAAUUAGGAAUACCUGUUUGGGCAAUAGGACCAAUACCUUGGCCAACAAGUAAUAAACAAAGAGCUGGUAAUGAAACAGGGGAAGAAACAGAGAAGUUCAUCAAAUUUCUUGAUGAAAAAGAAGAAAAAUCAGUACUUUACAUUUCUUUUGGCUCUCAGAACAGAAUAUCAGCAUCACAAAUGAUGGAAUUGGCAAUAGCCUUGGAUAAUGCUAGUAGAGUAAACUUUAUAUGGGCUGUUAGACCUCCUUUGGGUUUUGACAUAAACAUGGAAUUCAGAGCAGAGGAGUGGCUUCCUGAGGGGUUUGUUCAACGUGUUUUCGAGGAUCAAAAUAGGGGACUCAUAGUGCCGAAAUGGGCUCCUCAGGUUGAAAUCUUGGCACACAAAUCAGUCGGAGCUUUCUUGACACAUUGUGGAUGGAAUUCAGUAUUGGAAUCACUUGAAAAUGGAGUGCCACUUCUUGGUUGGCCUAUUGCAGCAGAGCAAUUUUACAAUGCAAAGUUCUUGGAACAAGAUGUUGGUGUUUGUGUUGAGGUAGCUAGAGGGAAUAAUUCUCCAGUUAAGCAUGAGGAUAUAUUGGAAAAAAUUGAGGUUGUUAUGGGGAUAAAUGAGAAAGGGAAUGAAAUUAAAAGGAAAGCUUGUGAAGUUAGAGAAAUGAUAAGUAAUGCUAUUAUAGAUGAUGAGGAUUUCAAAGGGUCAUCUAUUAGAGCAAUUGAUGAGUUUCUUAAUGCAGCUUUGUCCAUGAACAAAUUAUCAAAUGAUGUAAAGAUUAAUGGUAUUAUGUCUAACAGUUAA